AUGGAUGAGAGGCAUGUCUGCAUUCUUUGGCAAGCAUAUAUCGCUGAACCUGGUCCAGAUCUUCUAUGUUUUGGGUGGGACUUCCACUCACUUGAAGGGCGAGAGAAGAUCACCUCCUAUCUCUCCCAACCACGCGAAGGCAAGGGCGAAGCAGUGACACGUUUGGCACAUGCUCGCCUCAGCGAUGUGAAGAUUGAGACAACUUCGAGCCUUGGUCCUCCUUCGCCUUUUCCUAUCCCUGGCGCCCCUGCCGGUGUGGUCGGGGUGAUGUCCACCUUCACAUUCAAGCUUGCGAACCCAGAUCGCGUCGGGCGUGGGCUCGUGCGACUGGUGCCGGAUCCGUCACAACCAGGUCCUGACGGCGGGCCAGGCUACAAGGCCCUGACUCUCUUCUUGAAUGUUGAAGACUUUGUUGGGCAUGAAGAGCCUAAGGAGCGUCCAACGGGCAUUUUCGAUGGCCACAAGAUACCUUGGCCCGAAGUCAGGGCGCAGCAGAUCGCAAGUACCGAACAAGAUCCAACAGUUUUGAUUGUGGGUGGGGGUCAGGCAGGCAUGAUGUGUGCAGCUCGUAUGAAACAACUGGGCAUUCGUGCUCUGGUCAUAGAGAAGUCGUCAAGGGUGGGCGAUGUUUGGCGUGCAAGGCAAGUGCCAGAAAUAAUGAAAACGUACCCUAAGUUCGUGCCGAAGGACAUGGUGGCUGACUUCCUUGAAGCCUAUGCAGUCGGCCAGAAUCUCGUCCUGUGGACAUCUUCUACUGUACUCUCCGAUCCGGCCCCGACGUAUGACGAGAAAACCGGAAGAUGGACGGUGGCCAUCCAGAGGACAGUCAAGACCGCAGACGGGUCAACAAUCGUCACCAUUAACCCGAAACACAUCGUCAUGGCUACUGGAAACGGCAGAAAACAUAUGCCGACAUGGCCAGGCAUGGAGUCGUUCAAGGGUGCACUGUAUCAUAGUGAUGAUCACAAGGAUUUCGACAAAUGGGCUGGGAAGAAGGCAGUAGUAGUCGGCGCUUGCAAUGCUGCAGGCGAUGUUGCGCAGUCCUUCCUCUCCCCGAACCAUAGUGCCGCCGAGGUUACGAUGGUACAACGCUCAGCGACAUGCGUAAUCUCCUCGCGCACCGCAGACGCUGCCAUCUUUUCCGUCGCUUUCGCCGAAAGCCGUGCUAUAGAGGACGCCGAUUUUGCGAAUCACAGCAUGCCUUACCGGCUGGCGAUGAAGUUCGCUGCAGGAGGCGGAACAGCCCGCCUUAAGGCAAUGGACCAGGAUAUUCACGACGGUCUUAGAGAGAAAGGCUUCCGGUUAACAUGGGAAGUCGAACCGGGUAAGGGUGAAGUGGGUCUCAUUGGCUUCUUCUUCGAGAAAGUCAGCAGUGGCACCUUGCUUGACUUCGGUUGUGCGCAAUCCAUCAUCGACGGGAAGAUCAAGGUCAAGAGCGGCGUUGACAUCGAUCAUUUCGAGGACAACCAUGUUGUUUUCGCAGACGACUCACGCAUUGAAGCCGACGUCGUCGUUCUUGCGACUGGGAACAAGCCCAUCAUCACCAACGCGAUAGACCUGUUUGGACCUGGUAUCACCGAGAAAAUUGGAAACAAGGUCUGGGGCCUCGAUGCCGAGGGCGAGCUCACUAGGUGUUACCGCCCGACAGGACAACCUGGAUUGUGGUUCGCGCCAGGUGCAUUCCAACACUCCAGAUUUUUCAGCAAGCACUUGGCACUGCAAAUACUCGCUCGCGAGCUCGGUUUCGUCGACGAGUAA